CCCAAUUCCAAACGCCUUUUUCCCAUCAGUGAAACUCUGUUUCCUUCAUCCAUCUCUUCCUUCUUCUUCCUUACAAUUGACUUGUACGGAUACCCUCUCCACUCCCUCCCCCAACACACAGUCACAAUGGCCUCCCGCAGCUUCUCCAAGGCGCUUCGUUCGCCAAUGGCCCGCCAAUUGGCGGCCAAGCCUGCCACGCAGCAGCGCACCUUCGUUGCUGCCCGCCAGCUCGUCCGCGCCUCUGCCCAGGUCAACAAGGCCUUCGUCGCUCCUGCCCAGCAGCAGGCUCGCGGUGUCAAGACCAUGGACUUCGCCGGCCACAAGGAGGACGUCUACGAGCGUGCCGACUGGCCCCAAGAGAAGCUUCUUGAGUACUUCAAGGACGACACCCUCGCCCUCAUCGGCUACGGCUCCCAGGGUCACGGCCAGGGUCUUAACCUCCGUGACAACGGCCUCAAUGUCAUCAUUGGUGUCCGAAAGAACGGCCAGUCCUGGAAGGACGCCCAGCAGGACGGCUGGGUUCCCGGCAAGAACCUGUUCGAUGUCGAUGAGGCCAUCACCCGCGGUACCAUCGUCAUGAACCUUCUCUCCGACGCCGCUCAGUCCGAGACCUGGCCUGCCAUCAAGCCCCAGCUCGUCAAGGGCAAGACCCUCUACUUCUCCCACGGCUUCUCCCCCGUCUUCAAGGACGUCACCCACGUCGACGUCCCCAAGGACAUUGACGUCAUCCUCGUCGCCCCCAAGGGCUCUGGCCGUACCGUCCGCUCCCUGUUCCGUGAAGGCCGUGGUAUCAACUCCUCCUUCGCCGUCUUCCAGGACGUGACUGGCAAGGCCAAGGAGAAGGCCCAGGCUCUCGGCGUCGCCAUCGGCUCCGGCUACCUCUACGAGACCACCUUCGAGAAGGAGGUCUACUCCGACCUGUACGGCGAGCGUGGCUGCCUCAUGGGCGGUAUCCACGGCAUGUUCCUCGCUCAGUACGAGGUUCUCCGCGAGCGCGGCCACUCCCCCAGCGAGGCUUUCAACGAGACCGUCGAGGAGGCUACCCAGUCCCUGUACCCGCUGAUCGGUGCCAACGGCAUGGACUGGAUGUACGAGGCCUGCUCCACCACCGCCCGCCGCGGCGCCAUCGACUGGUCCCCCAAGUUCAAGGACGCCCUUAAGCCCGUCUUCAACAGCCUGUACGACGCCGUCAAGGAUGGUUCCGAGACCAAGCGCUCCCUGGAGUACAACUCCCAGAAGGACUACCGCCAGAAGUUCGAGGCUGAGAUGGAGGAGAUCCGCAACCUUGAGAUCUGGAGAGCCGGCAGAGCCGUCCGCUCUCUGCGUCCCGAGAACCAGAAGUAAGCGGUUCGGCGUUUUUGCUUUGGGAGAAGAUAAAAAAUUUACUCGGAAUGGCCAUUUCCUAACCACUGUGCCGGGGACGGGGGACUUUUGUACUUUAUACGACCGGAUUCUAGGGGAUCUGGGCCUGGUUCAAAAGUUUGCAUCUUGACUUUUGGGAUCCUUCAAUACCAUUUCUUUUGCUGUCCAUGAACACAUUGCUUCAACUCAUCUCGUCUUUUUCGUCAAUUGUACCAACUGC